GGUAGCGAGCUCCCUUGUAGCCUGCCGAUGAAGAACGUGGCCAACAGGAACUUCUCAGCAACUCCAUCUCCACCUGCAUCUGCAGGAAGUCCAGUUCGCUGGACCGAUGCCGUCUGGGCCGUGAUUAUCGAGUACACUCAAAACACGACCCUGCAUGGCUACCGGUACCUCACCGAGAAACGCAGACACUGGAUGGAAAGGCUCGUAUGGGCGGUCGUGCAAGUGGCGGCGGGCGUGUGGUGCGCCCGCUACAUCCUGGCCGUGUACCGCGACUACCAGGACACGCCGACCGCCACCACCGUCGAGUCCACCACGCACCCCAUCUGGAGCGUCCCCUUCCCCGCGCUCGCCGUGUGCAACAUCAACAGGAUUAGCCGGGCUGCCGUUAUCGCAAUGGCUGCCAAUAUGAGCGCCGCCACCGGGCUGGAGGCUGGGCGGCUGGAGCGGCUGCUGCCGCUGCUGGGCCGGCUGCACGAGACGCAGCCCGGGGACCCGCGCCACGCGGACCCCCGCCUGCGGGAGCUGCACGGCGCGCUUGAGCUGGCCGCCCAGCGGGACACGCCCGCCGCUGGAGAAGCGCCCUACCACGUCACACGCCUCAUGCGACAGGUACGUUCGUAA